AUGGCAGCAGACAUGGCAGACUCCCCGGGGAACCAGUUGCCCCUGGCCUCGCAGCUGGACGAGCUCGACUCUCAUCUCGACGAGCUGCAGCACCAAGACGACCCCUCGGCCCAUUUCAACGCCUCGCUCUUCGACCGCAUAAACUACCAACUUGGCCCGGUCGAAUAUCCAGAGCUGACGGCUCGCCUCCUCCCAAAAGUCGCCGCCAUCAUCAAGAGAUGCGCCGCCGCCGCAGAAGAGCCGUCGACAGACUGGAAAGGCUACCCGCCGCCGCUCAUCACGCUCACGAUCAAGCUCCUCCGGCCACUGCCCUUCCCCCAGGCCCUUGAGCUCUGCCAGCCAGAAUACCUCAUCACUGCCCUCGCCUCCCCGGAACCCUACAUCAACGAGCUCGCCUUUGCCAUCCUGGAGAAGGCCUCCCGCUCCCCUUCUGACGCAUCCAUCCUCGCCUCCGCCCCGGGUCUCCUGGAGGCCUUCCUCGACCGGUGGCUCUCGUCUCCUGCUGUAAGCGUCGGUCACCAGGGCGUUAGGAUCCUCGGUGAUCUCCUGGAUAUCGACUCUCCCCUGGCACAGCCUGUCUUCACGGAUGACCAGAAACAGGCAUACGACAUACGCCUUGUUCGCCGGGCUGCCCAGGGCCACGGUGCGAUAUGGCGCCGGCUGUUUGGCGACGAGGCACUAUGCUGGCAGCUUUUGCACAAGAUGGACACCGCCUUCCCGUCCUCGAGCACGGAUCACACCCUCAUAGCCCAGCGCUCUUUCGCACAGGACCGCUUUCUGCGCCUGCUCCCGCGCCUGGCGGUUCUGGACUUUGCCAGCCUCAACAGGUCAACCACGCAACUGCCACCCAGCGGCCCAACCGUUUCCCUGCUCGUCUUUGCUGUGCUGUUCAUGGUGGACCGUCGCGGCGACGAGCUGAUGCACCUCACCUGGAUCGACUGCAUGCAGAAGCUCGUAGGCGCUCUGAGGGUUGCUGACACCGCCAAGCUGAGCGUGGAUGCGCUGCGUGCGCUGGUGCGGGACGCCGAUGAUACGCAGCUGUUUGAUGCGCUUUGGGGCAUGCCGGAGAACCUGGUAUGGACCCCGAUGGGAGAGGCGGACGCGAUGCAGGCUUGGCUGAGGGAGGUCGCGCCCAGGCGGGCUUUGAGGAUAGAGGGAAUGCUGAAUGGCGACUAG